AUGAAUGCGAUGGACUCAUAUGCUCCACUCCUGAGCCUAAACAACGAGCACUACCCGCAGAAAUGUUGUGGUGCCAUUACAUGCAUAUGUGAUGUACAAGGCAACAAGGGCGAAGACAGCACGCGCACCCGAAAUCCUUCACCAUCCGACACCGAGUCGGAGUCUGAUGGGUGGUCAGAUGCAUCCAGUUUAGACCCACUCUCGGACGCUACGCCUCCCACUAUCCCCGCUUAUCCUUCCAGUGUACCUGGACCAAUCGACUUCAUGGUGCUUGACAGCAGCCUUGAUGACGCCGUGGGUAACAUGUCAGCGAUUUUCCUCAAGUACAUACAAGCUUUCCCCCCAUCGACCUCGGCUCAUGAGCUGCAUGAUGCUCUCCAAAACUUAUACGACAUCUUGCGACAGGUGGAGGAGUUGGCGCGAUGGAUUGACGAGGCAGAGGUGUCAGACUGGAACAAGGCCCAAUAUGUACAUGCCUUGCAGACCGUUUUCUUCAAUCAGCAUGUAGAGUGGAAUUCCGAUUCGGAGCUGUCUGAGUAG